AGCUUCGAAACAUCAUUCUGUGUCAAGGAGAUGGCGCCGCUGCUGUGGUGGCUGCCCCUGGCGAUGCUGGGAGCCGCCUGCGCCUCGCUGGCGCUGCACCGCUGGCGCCGCUAUUUGGCGUUCUUCUGGCGCCGCGGCGUCCCCUGCGCCCUCCCGCUGCCGCUGGUCGGCAACAUGCUGGACGUGUUGCUCGGCAGGAGGUCCUUCGCCGACGUCGCUGCCGGCCUGUACCGCCAGCUGGAGCCCUACCCUUAUGCAGGGGUCUACAAUUUAGCGAGCCCAGUGUUGCUGGUGAGGGAUCCCGAAAUCGUCCACGCCAUCACCACCACCGAUUUCGACCACUUCACCGAUCACGCCGACUUCAUGAGCGUCGACGGGUGCAACCCACUACUGCAGCGAAUGAUUCUCGCACUGAAAGGAACAGAAUGGCGUCAUAUGCGGACCAUAUUAACUCCUGCAUUUUCCGUAGUGAAGAUGAAGAGCAUGUUUUUGCCGAUGUCAGAGAUUUGCCAGCAGAUGAUUGAUUAUCUAGACAAGAAAGUUGCCGAAUAUCCAGCUUCCUCAAGAAAAGAAGACAUUUUCACCGUAGAGAUGAAGGAUCUCUUCACCCGGGUGGCGAACGACAUAAUAGCAACGACGGCUUUUGGUAUCAAGGUGGAUUCGCUGAUGGACCGCGACAACAGUUUUUACCGCAUGGGCCGCAGACUGACGAAGGUAAACCCCCUCACCGCUGCUGGUUACUUCAUAUCGCCGAGGAUCAUGCAGGUGCUGGGCAUCCCAUUCUUCGACCGAAAGUCGGUGCAAUUCUUCAGAUCAAUGGUAACGGACGCAAUUCAGUCCAGAGAGAGGGAGGGUAUUGUUCGUGCGGACGUGAUAAAUUUGCUACUGCAAGCACGCCGAGGUGACCUAAGCUCUGAGGAACAAGAGAAGAUCGGACCUACAAAACGCGAUGUUUUGACUCUGACUGACGACGACAUCGCGGCGCAGGCUCUGAUAUUUUUCUUCGGUGGCUUCGAAAACGUGUCAACAGCGCUGGCCUUCUGCAGCUACCUGCUGGCUACGCACGCGGAGGUGCAGCGGCGGCUGCAGAGGGAGGUGGACGAUCUGGUGCGGAGCAGCGGCGGCCAGCCCGGCUACGAGCAGGUCAUGGCCAGCCAGUACCUCGACAUGGUUGUCUGCGAGUCGCUCCGGAUGUACCCGUCUGCCUUCGUCCUCGACCGCCAGUGCGUGCGACCCUACCGCCUGCCGGCCACAGAGCACUGCCGGGGAGUCGAACUGCGGCCCGGGGACGACGUCUGGGUGUUUGUCCACGCCAUCCAUAACGACCCCAAGUACUUUCCACAGCCAGAGCGCUUCGACCCGCAGCGCUUUAGCCCCGAGAAAAGGCGCAGCAUGAAGAAGUCCAGUUACUUCCCCUUCGGAUCUGGGCCUCGCAUGUGCAUUGCCCAGAGCUUCGCGCUGAUGGAGGUGAAGCUGGUUCUGGUGCAGCUGCUGGCGCGGUUCAGCCUGGUGGCAGUCGCCGAAACGCCGGCGCCUCUCCAGACGGACCCCAGCAGUCUGACGAUGGCCAUCAAGGGCGGCAGCUGGCUCGGAGUGCAGCGUAGAUGUCGAACACAAUUGGACAGCGAAGUUGCCUCGUUCGAGGGCUCUCGUGAGAGCGCGUCAAUGAGAAAUUUGUAAUUGGUACUACUCUAGUACAAGAGUCUUGUAUUCUGUAGAAUAUGAGAGCAGACGGGGAUCACAGGUAGUCCGUGGAGAUCUUUUCAGCAGUCGUGCAACACUUGCGAUAUACAAAUUCAAGGUCUGUAAAUACGUAAUGACUCAGAUUUUGUACGAGAAUCUUAAGAACAAAAUAGAGCUGUCUCCAACUCUAAGGAUCAUCUUAACACCGCAGUGCUUUAUUAGGCGUUGUUAAAUUGAAGAGAAUAUGUUUUUGCCUUUCUCCAAUUUUUCGACAGGUAACUAGCCAGCUACAGAAUUACCUGCAGUGGCCUCCCAACCACAAUGAAGCUUCAUCAUCAACAGUGGUGAAAGCUGUGAUAGCAGGGAAGUCUGAACAUCGCCUGACGAUAAAAUUGGGGCAAGUGGAGUCUGACAACCACACAGUUACACACAGAAUACGUACAGUAAACUACAAAUUUAGUCUGCCGCUUUCAAAUUACUCCUCUUGGAAAGUACCUGCUAUAGUAAUGAUCCCUCUAUUACUCGCCCACAGUGUUAUUGCACCUGGGAGUUUGGGCCUUUCGGUCAGUUUAUCGAGAGUUUUUAUCCCUAUAAUUCUCGAGGCUACGCUCAACCACUUGGUAAGACAUGCACAGCUGAGACGAACACAUUCAUAGAGCAUGCGGUUUCCUUGGCCAUCAAAUCACCGUGCCUGUGACGUCACCACAUGUUUCCUGCAACAGCGGUGGGAGUCCAGGUACAAUGAUAUCGUGGUCAGGUAGUACACUUAUAUUCUGAAAAUACCUUACGGUGCGUUGUGGAGGGUAGUUGCGGCUCCACUAUCGUUUGUUCUCCUUUCUCCUUUCCAUCCCUGAAUUGCAAGUGGGAAUAACAGCAGCAGUAAACCUCUGUAACGGCUCCAAUUUAUCUAACGUAUCUUGUUGUAGUCAUUUCGCGUGAAACAUAGCAGGAAAUAAUACGUUCACGGAAUGUUAGUUUUCUAAAUUUCAAUAGUAAACCUCUUCUUGAUACUCAACUCUUAUCUUGUAAAAUCUUGCAUUUUAGUAAUCAUAUCUAUGACGCCUUCGCGCUUCUUAAACGAUACCAUAACAAAACCACGAACUAUUGCAAUGUUUUCUUCAAGUGGUUUAGAGGAAACAAGGAAAACAAAAUCAGGAUGGUAAUAUGAAGACUGAAUCUUUUACUCUCCCAAGUACAAGACUGGCUCAGACUCAUUGGAAUAAUAAUUAGGAAGUAAAAAUUCAUGCAGAAAAGAAGUAGUCGACAAAACAUUGUUCAAAACAGUGCUAUCUUAUUCGGUUUAUCCCUAGAACAAGUGCUAUUUCUCAAAGAAGAUAUUUAAUAAUUGACACACUGUACAACACUACUUCUCACUCUCAUUGACUGUACUCACUUACACACUACAUAUAAUACAUAGAAAUUAUUUCCUAACAGUGUACACAGUAUCAGCUGACAUCAUGACAUUAGUGAUGAUGUUUGUUUCCAUUUUGUGUACCACAACUCAUUUGCUAGCCUCAAAAACCGACUCCCUGUCCUUCUACAUGGAGUCAGAUGUUCAACUUAGAGAGAGGAUGAAAUACUAAUAUUAUACAGUGUUCUAUUUGAGAGCAAGUAUUUCCAAAUAAGAGAAAGAAAAAAGAAAGAAAACAAAGUUUGUUUAUAAGUGUUAUUUGAAAUCAGGUUUUAGUACUAUUAUAGUUAUAAUUGUCUACUUGUGUUAUAUUUUUUGCCAAAUCCCUAACCAGAGUUAUUUACGUAAUCCUUCAUUGUAUAAAACACAUUGGUUAACAGGUUUUUUAACCGCCUUUUUAAAUAACUUAGUCUUAGUAAUCUCUUUAAUCUCCUUGGUCAAUCUAUUGUACAAUUUUAUUCGUAUGUAGAAAACUUUUCUGAUUUCUAUUGGUUUUUUGUAAUUGUAAAUUCAGUGUAGAUCUCGUUCCAUGGUCAUGACAGAGCUGUUUAUGCAGUAAUUAUCAUAUUUUAUAUACAUGCAAGCAACUGAUUAUGUACUCACACGCUGUCUUUAAAAUGUCGACUGUUUCUUACAUAUCUUUACAAUAAACUCUGCUACUAUGGCCCUUUUCUGUCGUUCGAAAACUGUGUUCUUUUUUGUGUGACUUUAUUGUUCAGAAACUAAUUCCAUAGUUAAGAACUGAGUGUACAUUUGAAUAGUCUUUAACUUAAAGAUACUGGCUGUUACAUAAUUAUGACAGGAUUCUAAGAAUAUAACGUACUGACGUCAUCCUGUUUCAGGUACCUUUGUCUGUUCAACCACUUAAACUGAGAACCAGUAUUCAUCCACAGAAAUUCUGUGAUUGUUAUUCAGUCUGUAGAG